AUCCAACCACGUAAACUGACUGUUUUCCGAGGUCAACGUGAUGAAAAUGUCGCUGCACCUAAACAACUUGCUAUACAUGAAGCGGCUCCUACUUCUAAUGCUCGACAACUAAAAAGGACGACCAGUUUUGUACGUAAAAGAGCAGCGUUAGACGAUGUCAGCAACAUAAGUAAUGUACCGGUUGCGACUUCAAAGCAUGCACCAACAAAUGAUUUGGACGCUUUUUCUUUUAAAAAAGUGCCUAUUAAGGAAUCUACUUCUAGCAAUGCAAAUGUACAACCAUUAAAACCAACUGCUGGCGUAAUUCUAAGAAAGCGUUCGGCUAUUAUCAACAACAUAAAUUUUCCAGUUACAGCUAACAAACAAGAAUCAAUUAAUGAGAUAAAAGCUAAUGUCAUAAAGCCCCCAACAAAAAUAGAAAACUUUGAAAAAAUUGAAAACAUAGAAAAAAUUGAAAAAGUAGGAAAAAUAGAACAAAAUUUCUCUUUUUCUCAACAUGCAAGGGAUGAAAAGUUAUUCGUUUUCAAAUCAGGUGCACCUAAUGUUAGAGCUAGACAU